AUGGCCGCCAGGGACUGUAACGGUUGCAAAAGUCAUGGCCAGACGUUUCCAUCGGGCGUUAAGUACUGCGUUGAGAGAGUCAAGGAGGGACGGGAUUCGAUACUGUGCACGGCAGCUCUUCUUGGACACACAAACUGCGUCAGGAUCCUCGUUGAAUACAGAGGCGCAGACGUCGAAGAACUGGGCUCAGUUUCUACUGGAGGGCCUCUUCUGUCUGGUGUUAGUCCUUUAUGGUGCGCUGCUUUCGAAGAGCAUUACUGGGUUGUCGCCUAUCUCCUUUCUAAAGGCGCCAAUCCAAAUGGCGAUACGAGUUUCUACAUCACUCCAUUGCAAGCAGUUUGUGAGCUAGGGUACUUCCAUAUUGUCAGACUUCUUGUGGAACACGGGGCCUACAUCGAUGCUGCUGAUAACCGCGCUGUCACUUGUCUGAUGCUUGCUUCCUUCGGCGGCCAUUUGGAAAUCGUGAAGUACCUUUUGGAAGUGGGCGCUGAUGUGAACAGCAAAAACAUAGAGGGCGAAAGCGCGCUCCACGCUUGCGCAAAGGAAGGACAUUUGGAAGUAAUGAAACUGUUGCUGGAACACAACGCUUGGAUGGGUGCCGACUAUUUCUGGUACGUCAAUGGCGAACUCAUUCAUCCAAAAACCCAGGAUAAUUUCUCUUGUCCUUCAGAUGGGGACUUCAGUGAAGUCAACACCUUAGAGGAAUUAGAAAAAUUUGAGGAAAUUGAAGAUCCGGAUCUGCCUAUGCCUGCCACUCCCAGAGCGGAAGUCGUGAACCUUCUGCUAGAGACUGGCUCUGAUCCCAGUGCCACAGACAACGAAGGUAACACACCUCUCCACGCAAUUGCCAAGAACGAAGAGUGUCCCAAAGGUAUAGUAGACGCCCUCUUGUCAAGAGGGGCUCACUUAGAUGCUAAGAAUGGUCAGGGCCAGACGUUCGCAUCCUUGAGAGCUGACCAAGGGCAGCCAGUAUCUCAGUAA